UACGUAUCGAUUUACAUAUCGAUAUAUUGAAUCGAUAAGUCCCUUACUCGAUCUAAUAAAAGUUAUUCAUUCAUAAAAUGAUGUUUUAGAUGUCGAUCGUUGCAAAAACUUUCACUCCUCGUAACUUACAAUUGAUUACGGAGCAGUGCCUAAAAAAACGUUAUUUUUCUCUAGCAUCAUCAGCAAAUCAAAGAAUGAGUGAAAUUGAACAAAAAUUCAAACUUCCAAAGACCUACGAGGGAAGUCAACCCAGUGUCUGGGUUGAAUAUAUCCAGCUAGCCCUGGACCAUAAGCCCCUCAACUUAGGACAAGGUUUUCCAGAUUAUCCACCGCCAAAAUAUGUUACUGAUGCUCUAAUAGAAGUUGCAUCAAAUAGAAACUUGCAUCAGUAUACUAGAGGAUUUGGUCAUCCAAGAUUAGUCCAAGCCCUUGCCAAAUUAUACUCGCAAUUGAUAGGGCGUACAAUAAAUCCUCAGAAAGAAAUUCUGACCACUCUAGGUGCAUAUGAGGCUCUUUAUGCUGCUAUAACUGGACAUGUUGAUGCAGGGGAUGAAGUAAUCAUCAUUGAACCAUUUUUUGAUUGCUAUGAGCCUAUGGUUAGGUAUGCAAGAGGUGUUCCUAGGUUUAUUGCUUUAAAACCAAAGCUUACUGAAGGCAAAAGAUUAUCUUCAGGUGACUUUGUCUUAGACAAAGCAGAGCUAGAAGGCCUUUUUAAUAAGAAAACCAAAGCGAUUAUUUUGAAUACCCCAAAUAAUCCUUUGGGAAAAGUUUUUACACUAGAAGAAUUGACUUUUAUUGCUGAUUUAUGCAAAAAACAUAAUGUUUUGUGUAUUUCUGAUGAAGUUUACGAAUGGUUGGUGUACAAACCUUACCAGCAUAUUCGGAUAGCAACUCUUCCUGGAAUGUGGGAAAGAACAAUCACCAUCGGAUCUGCCGGUAAGACUUUUAGUGUCACUGGUUGGAAAUUGGGAUGGGCUUACGGACCAGCUAAUUUAAUGUUUAAUUUGCAAAUGAUCCAUCAAAACUCUGUUUAUACAGGAAACACUCCAAUUCAGGAAGCUACUGCCAUUGCUUUCGAAAAAGAACUGACUCGUUUAGAUUCAAGUGAAUGCUAUUUUAAUUCGAUCUCCACAGAAUUGGAACCAAAAAGAGAAUUUAUGGGUAAAUUUUUGCAAGAAACUGGUUUCAAGCCUAUUAUACCUGAAGGAGGAUACUUUAUGAUGGCUGAUUGGACACCAUUAAAGUCACAAGUUGAUCUUGACUCAGAAACUGAUAAAUAUGCAGAUUACAGAUUUACUAAAUGGAUGACGAAAAAAGUGGGUUUGCAAGGAAUCCCACCCUCAGCUUUCUACGGCGAAGAACAUAAGAAAUUAGGCGAGAACUUUGUGAGAUAUUGCUUCAUCAAAGAGGAUAAAAAUUUACAAGCAGCCGCUGAUAUACUUCAAAAAUGGAAGUCAGGGAAGAACUGAAACUAAGAGGCAAAUAGAUAUUUUAUUAUUGUUAUUUGUAAAUAUAUUUUUAUUUUAAAAAAAUUGCUUUUGAUACAUGGAGUGUCUUGGAACAAUCAGGAAACAAAUUCGGUGGAA